AUGUUAGAUAGAAAAGGAAUGGAAGAACUUUCUGCUUGGAUUUUUAGUACAGAAACAGGAGACGAUAUUGAACAACGAAUACGACUUAUGUUGAUUGAAGAUUCACGGAUAAACAGUCAGAGCGAUUGGAAAUCUUUCGCCGAACACGUUUUAGAUGUUUCUCAGAACCAACAAGUUCAACUCUUGGUGGGUGGGUUUUGCCGAAAAUUUCCGACAUUAACAAAGGAAUCUUUUGAGAGUUCCCUGAAAAGCUGCAGCGGAGUGGCAUUUUCCGUGGCAUGGAUGAAAUUUUUCUCUAAUUUCCAGCAUGGCAAGACCACGCAGGGGCGUGUGAUUUUGGACGGGCUAUUAAAGAAGUUAAAGGAAAGCUUCAGUCCAGAGUCAGUUCACUGUGUUAUGAGCGUCCUUCAUGAAUCUGUUUACACCAUCAUUCACGAGCACGAGAGCCUUUAA